GCCAAAUUUUUGAUCGCGAAAAUUCAUAUUUUCCAAAAAACGUAUACAAUGGAAGGUACAUUGUGGAAAUGGACAAACUAUUGGAAUGGUUGGCAAACCAGAUGGUUCGUUUUGGAAAAUGGCAUUUUAUCUUAUUACAAAUCCCAGGAGGAAGUAAAUCAAGGCUGUAAAGGAUCUGUAAAAAUAUCAGUAUGUCAGAUAAAUGUGAACACCAUAGACAACACUAGACUGGAUUUAGUUAUCCCUGGGCAGCAGCACAUGUACCUGAGAGCUCCAUCCCCACAGGAUCGGCAGAAGUGGCUGGUAGCUUUAGGCAGUGCCAAGGCCUGUGUAGAUUCCAAAGGAGAUGCUAUUGUCACAGGCCUCGAGGACACAAAUGCUCUGUGCCACAAAAAGUCUGAACUAAGACUAUACUGUGAUCUCAUGAUGCAACAAGUUCAUGCAGUUAAGAGUGCAGCUACGUCUGAAGAAGGACCUGAAGUGCAGAAAAUUGAAGAUGCGUCAAGCCUUCUAACAGCAACCUGUGACACGUUUAUCAGAACCCUUGAAGAUAUUAUGAAGUUAACUUCAACGCUAGGAGGUAAUGGGGUACCUUUUGAUAUGGGUCGAGCCAACAUAUCAAAAUGUGCUAGUAAACUGCAGUCCACGAAUAAGACACCUAGACAGAGUUUAAGUAGAUCUGUAUCCCAAGAGAACAGGUGAAGUAAUAAAUAAACAUAGAAAAUAAAAUGUAAAUUGACAAUUCUUGUAAAUAAAACUUCAUAUAAUUAAUUUAUGUAAAAACUACC